AUGGGUGGUAAAGAUAGCAUGUUUCGGUACGCUGAUGGCAUGGACAAGUUGUUGAUGUUCUUUGGGGUUUUGGGCAGUGUUGGAGAAGGGUUACGACACCCUCUCACAAUGUAUGUUCUUAGCCAUGUCAUCAAUGACUAUGGUAGCUCUGAAGGAUUGUGUUGGACGAGAACUGCUGAGAGACAGACUUCUCGGAUGAGAACGGAAUAUUUGAAAUCGGUCCUUAGACAAGAAGUUGGUUUCUUUGACACUCAAGAUGCUGGUUCUUCCACAACCUAUAAAGUUGUCAACACCAUCUCCAAUGAUGCCAGUGCUAUCCAAGUAGCAAUAUGUGAGAAGAUACCUGACUGCCUUGCACAAAUGUCAUGCUUCUUCUUCUGCCUUGUGUUUUCCUUCAUACUAUCGUGGAAGUUUACACUGGCAGCUCUUCCUUUUGCAUUGAUGUUUAUUGCCCCGGGACUUGUAUUUGGGAAGCUCAUGAUGGACGUGACAAUGAAGAUGAUUGAAGCUUAUGGAGUUGCUGGUGGGAUUGCGGAACAAGCCAUUUCUUCAAUAAGAACUGUAUACUCAUAUGUGGCGGAGAAUCAAACACUGGACCGGUUCAGCCGUGCACUUCAAAAGACGAUAGAAUUAGGAAUAAAGCAAGGAUUCGCAAAGGGAUUGAUGAUGGGAAGCAUGGGAAUGGUUUAUGUAAGUUGGGCAUUUCAAGCUUGGGCUGGCACUUAUUUGGUGACUGAAAAGGGAGAAAAGGGUGGUUCUAUCUUUGUAGCAGGAAUCAAUAUAAUGAUGGGAGGACUGAGCGUAUUAAGUGCACUCCCAAAUCUAACAUCCAUCACAGAGGCAACAGUUGCUGCUACGCGUAUUUUUCAAAUGAUUGAACGAAGUAUAGACUUGGAAGAAAAGAAGGGGAAGGCUUUAUCAUAUGUAAGAGGAGAAAUUGAUUUUCAGGACAUACAUUUUAGCUAUCCAUCAAGACCUGACACACCAAUCUUGCGAGGGUUGAAUCUCCGGAUUCCAGCUGGUAAGACAGUUGGUCUUGUGGGAGGCAGUGGCUCCGGAAAGUCUACAGUCAUUUCAUUGCUUCAAAGAUUUUAUGAGCCCAAUGAAGGACAAAUUCUCUUAGAUGGACACAAAAUAAAUAGGCUUCAGCUCAAAUGGUGGAGAUCCCAAAUGGGUCUAGUUAAUCAGGAACCAGUCCUCUUUGCCACAUCUAUAAAGGAGAAUAUAUUGUUUGGGAAGGAAGGUGCCUUGAUGGAUGAUGUGAUCAAUGCCGCUAAGGAUGCAAAUGCACAUGACUUCAUAACUAAGUUAACCGAUGGAUAUGAAACACAAGUUGGCCAGUUUGGAUUCCAAUUAUCUGGGGGGCAAAAGCAGCGUAUUGCCAUAGCAAGGGCUCUGAUCAGAGACCCCAAAAUCCUGCUUCUAGAUGAGGCAACCAGUGCACUGGAUGCACAGUCUGAAAGAAUAGUUCAGGAUGCAAUUGAUCAGGCAUCGAAAGGAAGGACAACAAUCACCAUUGCGCAUCGCCUCUCCACAAUCAGAACAGCAAACCUGAUUGUUGUUCUACAAUCUGGGAGAGUAAUUGAAUCAGGUUCACAUGAACAGUUAAUGCAAAUAAGUAAUGGAAGAGGUGGGGAAUACUUCGGGAUGGUGCAGUUGCAACAGAUGGCAGCACAGAAAGAAAAUUUUACUGACUUCAUCUAUAGAAAUGAUGGAAAGAACUCCUUUAGUAUGAGUCCUGCUCCCAGUCCGUGGCGUCUGCUGAAAAUGAAUGCACCUGAAUGGGGACGAGGCUUGACUGGAUGCUUGGCUGCAAUAGGUGCCGAAGCGGUUCAACCUAUUAAUGCUUACUGUGCGGGAUCACUUAUGUCAAACUACUUCGGCAGUGACAAAUCUGCUAUCAAACAUAAAUCCAACAUAUUGGCCUUGGUUUUUUUAUUUAUUGGUGCUCUCAACUUCAUAACCAGCCUCCUCCAACAUUAUAAUUUUGCAGUUAUGGGAGAGAGGUUGACGAAAAGAGUACGCGAGAAACUACUAGCAAAGCUGAUGACUUUUGAGAUAGGGUGGUUUGAUGAUGAUGAGAAUACAAGUGCAGCAAUUUGUGCAAGGCUAGCCACUGAAGCCAGCAUGGUUCGCUCCCUUGUUGGGGAUCGGAUGUCAUUGCUGGUACAAACAUUCUUUGGUUCCGUCUUUGCUUAUUCAACAGGACUUGUUCUAACAUGGAGGCUAACCCUUGUUAUGAUAGCUGUGCAACCAUUAGUUAUUGGAAGUUUUUAUUUGAGGAGUGUUUUGAUGAAAAAUAUGGCCGGGAAAGCACAAAAGGCACAAAUGGAAGGAAGCCAACUAGCAAGUGAAGCUGUUAUUAACCACAGAACUAUAGCUGCAUUCUCUUCUGAGAAGAGAAUGUUGGAGCUUUUCAAAGCCACCUUGAGAGGUCCUAAAGAAGAGAGUGUUAAGCACUCAUGGCUGUCAGGUCUUGGCCUGUUUUCCUCCCAGUUUUUUAACACGGCUUUUAUCACACUAACAUACUGGUAUGGUGGGAGGCUCCUGACGGAAGGGUUAAUAACCCCAGAGCGCCUUUUCCAAGCAUUUUUGAUACUGCUUUUCACUGCUUAUGUCAUUGCAGAAGCUGGAAGCAUGACUAAUGAUAUAUCCAAAGGAGGCAAUGCCAUUCGAACAAUAUUUGCAAUUCUCGAUAGGAAAAGUGAGAUUGAUCCAUUCAACUCAUUUGAUGCUUCGAACAUCAGGAGAAAGUUAAAUGGCCAAGUGGAGUUCAACAAUGUCUACUUUGCUUAUCCAACAAGACCAGAUCAAAUGAUCUUCAAAGGCUUGAACCUCAAAAUUGAUGCAGGGAAGACAAUGGCACUGGUAGGGCCAAGUGGUUCUGGAAAAUCUACUGUCAUUGGACUUAUUGAGAGGUUUUACGAUCCCUUGAAAGGAGCAGUUUUUAUUGACAGACAGGACAUAAAGAGCUACAAUUUGAGAAUGCUGAGAUCUCAUAUUGCACUAGUCAGUCAAGAACCAACACUGUUUGCUGGCACUAUCCGCGAAAAUAUUGCCUAUGGAAAAGAGAAUGCAAGAGAAUCUGAGAUACGAAAGGCUGCAGUUGUUGCCAAUGCACAUGAAUUCAUCAGUGGAAUGAAAGAUGGGUAUGAUACCUACUGUGGAGAAAGAGGAGUUCAGCUAUCAGGAGGUCAAAAACAAAGAAUAGCACUUGCUCGGGCGAUACUGAAGGAUCCAUCAAUCCUGCUGUUGGAUGAGGCAACCAGUGCACUUGACAGUGUGUCAGAGAGCUUAGUUCAAGAGGCACUUGAGAAGAUGAUGGUUGGCAGAACAUGUGUAGUCAUUGCUCAUCGGCUAUCAACAAUUCAGAAAUCUAACUGCAUUGCGGUUAUCAAGAACGGAAAGGUUGUAGAACAAGGCUCACACAAAGAACUCAUAGCAUUAGGCAGCGGUGGAGAAUACUACUCUCUGACAAAACUACAAAGCGGAAGCUCCUCUUAUCGAUAAAGCAGAAUCAUCUGGAGUCUGGGCUGCCAUAGGAGGAAAGUCUAAUCUUUUUUAAGUCUGGACUGGCAUGAUUUUUGAAGAAGAUUCUGUGAAUCCAUUACUGCAACUUAAAUGUAACACAUUACAUGCUCCUCAAGCUUAGAAAUCAUGCUUCCAAAUGAAAAAAAAAUAUAUAAUGAAAUUGCUAGUUUUGGGAGA